AAAAGAUCCACGAUGUCGAUGGGGCUUAUACGACGGAAAAACAGACGAUAACCAUGGGAUUAAUGUUACACCGUCGAAAUACUCGAUCUGUUCGACCAUGCAGAAGGAUGCUAUCUUGAACCAUCACGCAGAUGUAUAAAAAGUGGGAUCCUCCGACCGUUUGGAUGUCUGGAACCUGUUCAUGGCUUCUACAAAGAAGCAGACAGAAAUGGUGUUCCAUCAGGAAGGGGCAGCCACCCCAGCAGCAGCACCUGCAGGGUACCACCCACCUACAUGCUUUGUUGUUCCGAUACCAGGGAAGGCAAGCGAAGGUGGGAUGGAACAAAGUACCCGUGUAACCAGUGAAGAGGCAGAUAUGAUGGGUAAAUCUAGUGUGUACCCAUCAAAGGAAGCCAUCGGGACUUCUGGUGGACUUCCGGCUGUGAAACGUCCCACCAGAUCAAACCCUCAGUCAGACAACCUGUCACCUGAUAGCGUCUGCAAAGGCAUCAGUGUAUCGUUGGACAACAACAGUAUGUGGAACGAGUUUUUCAGAUGCAAAACAGAGAUGAUUCUGACUAAACAAGGCAGCAGGAUGUUUCCCUACUGCCGCUUUCGAAUCUCUGGCUUGCAGCCAUCUAGGAAGUACUCUUUGGUCAUGGACAUUCAACCUUUAGACAAUAGCCGUUACAAGUGGACCGGCAAAAGCUGGCAAGUUGCUGGAAAGGCCGAGUGUCAUGUUAAGAGUCAACCAUUCGCUCAUCCAGAGUCCCCAUCAACGGGUCAACACUGGAUGCAAAAUCCAGUGUCCUUUUAUAAACUGAGGCUCACAAACAACAUCACAGACCAAGAGGGUAACACCAUCCUGCAUUCAAUGCACCGCUACUUGCCACGACUGCACGUGGUCCAAACUGACAAAGCUGCUAAAGACAUAAGGUUAAAUGGUCCCAGUGUUGUCACAUUCACUUUCCCCCAGACUGAGUUCAUGGCAGUCACUGCUUUUCAGAACUCACAAUUUGCUCAGCUUAAAGUUGAUUACAACCCGUUUGCUAAAGGACUGAAGGAAGAUGGCUCCAGUUUGUGGGGAUUAAAACUGAAACUGAACUCUGGCAAAGACUCACACAAAGACGGAGGCAUGACACUCAAUGAGCAACAUCCUGUAAAGAAAAGCUUGAAGUCGUUGCUUGCAAACCAUAAACCUAGGAGCUCAAAAUCAGUGGACUCAAAGCCUUCGGUGUCAGGUGACCUCCAGAAAAAUUCCACUACAAGUAAAGAUCAGUCAUCGGCCAAGUUUACUGACGAACCUUCGUGCAAUUCACAUCCAGCUCAGACGUUAUUUUCUGACCUGAUACGGGAGGCUCAUGUUUCACUUCAAAGAUGCAACCUGGAGCAGCUUGCCAUCAAUAACAGCACCUCUCACAGAACUGAAAGAACCAACACUAAAACCUCUGCUUUGAAAAGCAUUGGACAAGAAAGUACAUCUGUCAGAACACCUACCGAAACAUCACCUGCAAAGAAAGAUGAAACUGUUGUAACAAAGAGGAAAGUUAAGGAGGACGAGGACCUUUUGAAUUCAUUGAACUGCAAGGGCAAUGUUGGGACAGAUUGUUCUGAGGUCAAUAAAGUUGCUGCUUCAGCUGUGUCCCAGAACUCCUCUGUGGACUCAAACCACCAAUGUAAGGCUGAAGUGCAAUCAGAGGAGAAAGUAAAGCAGCAUAAACGGCCUCUGCCUCUGCCAGCCCUCGCUCUUUUUUUGAAGCAGCACUCAACAAAAUCUAAAAAGUCCAAGAUCAAACUGGACUCACCUCCUCCAGCACCUCCAUCUCAAUCUAUGUCUGAAUCACUGAGUUCUGCUGCAGCUUCUGCAUGUCCACCUUCUGAUCAUGCCGGUAAUGCAACUCGUCCUUCAAAGGACCACAUGGGUGAUGUCACAAAAUCUGACAGCCACACAUCUGGACAUGCUUGUGCCCAUCUUCAGUCAGAUGAAAUGGUUGUUAAUGGACAAGCAGUUGAAAGCAUCGAUCAAUCUUCCAGUCCAUCAUUUCCAGAUGCUGUUGCCACUACAGAUCCAAAGGGCCCAGAAACUGAUGAUAUCUUGGCCUGCAUUCCAGUUGCUGAAAGAACAGGUCCAGAGGUGCAAGAUGGUACACCAGUGUUAGGCAACUCAGAGCAGCCGUUUUGUACCCUUGGGACAUCUCAGUCCAUCAUUUCCUCAACUCUUGCUACCUCUUUUCCACCACCCACUGACACAGUGUUACCUGCCCCAAACUCUCCACAAACACCAACCAUCACUGAGUCCUCAACACUUCCUUCAGACUCCCCCACUAUGAAGUCUGAUUCUUUGCUACCUGAUCCAGAUUGUUCUUCUUUUGGUUUUGAGCCUUUGUCACCCGCAAGCUCUCCAGAACCUUUACCUUCCCUGCCCACCUCGAUAACUUUACAACUAGAAUCCACUACUUCUGGCCCAACUCCAAAAGUGGUACCUCCUGAAGAAUUAGCACACAGUGAAGACUCUGAGGCAUGUAUGUUUAAAUGGCACACAGUGUUACCUCCACCUGAGUCGUACAUAGACACUUCGUUCACAACAUUUCAGCCCACACCACAGACUCUUCCUUUAGCGUCUGAUACAUCACCUUUGUUGCCUUCCCAGACUCCCUCCCACUCUGAACCACAGACAUUUGACACCUCCACGUCCAUGCCUCCUCCUGAUCCGGCGCCGUCAUUCCAAGAGAGUGAACAGUCGCUGCCCUUCCCUGCAGAACUGUCUCCCCUUGCACUUCAGUUGCCGCUUUCGCCAACUUUUUCUUCAUUAGAUGGAGACGGAUUGUCACCAACGCCUUCAAUCGCUGACCUCGUGCACUUUUUCUCCACCAAUGAUGACCUUGGGAUAGGGGUGGACUUUUCAAAUACAGAGGCGGUGGCUGUUCCCUGCCCAGCUCCAAGUACAGUUGAAGUAAAUGCACAUGAGCUCUCUCAGCAGGUGCAACCAAUCCCAGCCAACAAGCCCUGCAAGCGCAAGAAGAAGUCCUGGUUACGAAAGCUUGGGAAGACUGACUUAGAUCAGAAGUUGGAGGACUCCACCUAUUCUCGCAUGCAGCCUAACCUGGAGGAAGUGGAGGAGCAGUUAUUUAUCUCGUUCACAUCAAAGGAAGCCCUCAAGCUUCACGUUGUGGACUCAUCUGAAGAAAAUGUCCCACAGCCCCAGACAGCAAGUGAAGGUCACCUGCAACAAGCCGCUGACACACCUGAGAAUGAUAAAAGCAUGGAUGUUGGAGGAGGCUCACUCCCCGACAGCAUCAAUCCGAAUAACUUUCCUGCCAAACUGUGGCGUUUGGUGAACAACCCAGCAAAUAAAGCCAUCUGCUGGGAUGUCCGUGGUGAGGUCAUCAUCAUUGAUCAAGAGCUCUUUGAGGGACAGAUGCUAUCUCCAAGCACCAUCCCCUCAGACAACGCCGAUGCCUUCAAAAUGACCAACUUCUCGAGCUUUGUUCGUCAGCUCAACCUGUAUGGCUUCCGGAAAGUCGAUCCAGCAGUUCAAGACGACCACCACCCCACCAGGGACAGUGGGAAAUAUCAUCGUUUUCACAGCCCAAACUUUAGCCAAAACCACCCUGAACUUGUUGCGAGUCUGAGGAGACUGACUGUUGACAAUAAGGCCAAGCUGCAAGCCGGUCUGACCGUGAAUUGUCGGCCCCCGAGUCGAUACCAUCAGUUCAGUGGAGGCAAUGACGGCAGAGAUAAAACUAUGAAUAGAGAGACGACGGGGAGUUUGGAGGAGAAAAUAUCUGCCUUUGAGACGAAUCUCCUCAGAGACUUGAAGCUGAUGAGACACAAACAGGUGAUCCAUCCUGUGCUGCAGGAAGUCGGUCUGAAGAUGAACCUGCUGGAUCCGACUCAGGCCAUAGACCUGCAGUACCUGGGAGUCCGCCUGCCCAUCCCCGCUCCUGGAAUCUCUCUGGAGGUGCUGACCCAGGAGCUGCCAGCGGCUCAAGGUGUUUGUGCAGCGUUUGUGUCCAGAACAGGAAAAACCACAGACGUCACUCAGAUUAAAGGUUGGAGGGAGAAAUUCACUCCGUCAGAGGCUCCUUCCACCCCCGCACCCCCCAAACCUCAAGCUGGUCCCAGUUCAGACCUGCCGAAGAAGAACCUGUCCCCGUUCUGCAGCGACAUGUUGGACGAGUACCUGGAGAACGAAGGGAAGCUGAUCGACGAGCGAGCCGCCAGCUUCUCUCAGCCUCUGGUGGAGCCGGUGGUCUACGAGCUGCCCACCAGGAGCACCAGCUAUGUCCGAACCCUCGACAGCAUCCUGAAGAAAAAAACCAGCAGCUCCCCCACCUCAGACCUCAUAUCUGGAUUCAUCCCCCCCUCCAAGAGGCCCAAACUCACCCUCAAAACAACGAGGAAAGAGAACACGAAGCAGAAAGGACCAAAACACAACAAACCCAGACCAGAACCAGGAGCACUAGGUUUAGCACCUGUGCUCAGUCCAGCUGACUCAAACCUGGUCCCUAAACAGCCCGGAGUCCAAAUCCCAGACUCUGUUCCUCCUCAAGGUGGGGGGACCUUCAAGAGGAGGAAGAAGCUCAAACCCAAGACCUCAUCCCAGACCCUCAGCCCCCUCAGGUCCUUAGUCCCCCCUCCCGGUGUGUCAGAUGACAUGGCCCCCCUUGAGUCGGACUCUGAGCUGGCAGCCGCCAGCGAUCAGAGCGACGAAGCCUGCGGGAAGGACAGAGGACCCCCGAUGACCCGAGCUCUUGUGAGACAGAAGGACCUGGAGGAUGGGGUGGUGUGGGAGGGCAGACCCAGGACCAGCAUCACAGAGGAGAGGGCCACCAUCGCUCUGACGUCACUCUUCACGCUGAUGGGUUUCGUCAGCGAGAACCCCACCGCUCCCAUCCAGCUGAUCCGCAGACGAGCGCCCCCCUGCCUGAACGACUUCUGCAGGCUGGGCUGCGUCUGCUCCAGCCUGUCCCACUGCUCCAGGAUCAGCCACUGCGGACGGCCUUCCUGCAUGUGGGGCUGCAGCUGCCUCAAACAGAAAGUGGUCCUCCUCAAGAACCUGGACGGGUCCGACUCCAGCCCUUCCCACCACGCAAACAACAAGAAGAGGAAGAGGAAGAGGAGGAUGAAGAUGGCCUACAUCCUGAAGGAGGCAGACAGCGUCUCCCAGCCUGCCGAGCGGGUCCAGACUCUAUGGAAGAGGGAUGGUGGGGACUAUGAUCCAGACCCGAUCCACGUCCCCAAACCAGCGUCCCUGUCCCGCCCCACUGAGAGAGCAGACGAUCACAGCAGCUGUGCCAGGGUCAGAGCUUACCGAAGGAAGAAGAGGAGGCAGAAGGGCUCAUUGAAAGGUGUGAAUUCCAGAGACGCUCGAUUGAAACCUCUGAAACCGAGCGACCCGACGCUCAAAGAAGCGAAGAACAAACCCUGCAGUCCUGCACCAGCAGGUGAACCAGUUCAGCCCGCUCCUUCCAACCGGCCUUCGAGUCCUCCGACAGAGCCGCCCCCCAAGCCGUCGAAGCGUCUGAUCAUCUUUGCGGAGUGUAAGUGGUUGAGCGACUCCGACAGGAGCCACGUGUUAAAGAGGCUGUGUGAGAGGAUGGCUUGGGACCAGCUGGACAGACCUUUCUGGAUCAGAAACUACCUCAUCAGUCCGAUCGGUCAGACUGUGGAGGAGAGCGGCACCCACCGCUGCAUCCAGUACAAAAUCCACAUCUCCAGACCCAAACUGGAGGCAGAAAAACCAGCAGCAUCAGUGAAACCACCACAACACGGAAAUCAAAGCGAGACAGAACAGCAGCAGCAGGACCACCUGAAACAGGUGGCCAGGGAGGUGGAGCCUCUUGAAGAUUGGCAGCGGGAGGUAGAGGAGAAAGAGGCGGAGCCUUUUGAAAAUUGGCAGCGAGAGGUGGAGGAGGAAGAGGCGGAGCCUUUUGAAAAUUGGCAGCGAGAGGUGGAGGAGGAAGAGGCGGAGCCUCGUGAAGAUUGGCAGCGAGAAGUGGAGGAAGGUGACAUCGAGGAGGCGGUGGGAUCGACAGUUCACCAGGUGCAUGAUGGGAGAGAGAGCAGCAGAGAGGAAAUGAAAAUGAGAUCAAAGAAGGAGAUGGUCGGUAUGGCUCUGCCCUUCCUGACGGGAAUCACCCCCGCUGGCUUCCUCUCAGCCAAGAAGAAACAGCUGGGAGGAACUGACCUUCUGGUCCAGGUAAAUGCAAAGCUCUAUCCUCUGGCCAAGAUCCAGUUGGGGAGGAUGGGGGCGCUCCAUCCAGCGAACCGGUUGGCAGCCUAUCUCACCGGCCGGGUGGGGUCCAACAGGAAGCAACAAGGUUCUUCUCGCUGUUCAUCCCCCACUAAACCUCCUCAGAACAAGAAUCUAGGACCGACCCCCCGGACCAGCUGCCCGGUUUCUUCUACGUUUUCUGGCCUUGCUGCCAACGCCCCACCCAGAUCUCAGCCGUCGGCCACAGUGCUCAUCCACCCACCCCCUGCAGUGGUACAGGCCGCACCGGUGAAGGUCAACCAAUCAGCUGUCUCCGCUGCGCAGCCUGCAGGUGAAACACUUGAGAGGGCGGGGUCCCAGGUUGUCACGGUGAAGGUGUGCCCGCGUCCUAUGGGAGGGGCCAGUCAGGUCAGAGUGGUACCUGGAGCUUCUGGUAGCUUCACCCCCACAUCAGCCCCUCAGGUGAGCAGCUCCGCGGUUCCACCUGUAAACUCGGCUCCUAAAGGCUCACAGCUGUUGAUAGUUCAGGUUCCGGGUCUUCGUGGGAAGGUUCCCGUACCGGGUCCGGCACCCUGUCCUCUGCCCCCUGGCUCCGCUGGUCAGAGGAUGAUCCUGCAGCCGGUCCGGACGGCCUCAGGCGUCCAGUACUACCGCAAACCAGACGGAAACCUGGUCCAGCUGGUUCCCAUCAGCCAGCUGAAACCUGUCAACCCAAACCAGUCAGUUCAGAAAGGUCCGUUGUUCUCCUCCGUCCUCCCUGCAGCAUCACGUCAGACUCCAGUCGUUUCUGUUGUGAACCAGAGGCCUCCUGUGACCUCAGUGACAACCUCGACCGCCUCCUCCUCGUCCGCCUCCUCCUCGUCCACCUCCUCCUUCUCCUCUCUGUCUGGCCUCCAGUCCUUCUCUGUGCCCACCAUCCCUUCCCCGCUCUGCCCCGCCCCUGGUUUCCUGACUCAGAAGGGGACGUGCACCUUUAAAAUCCUCCCGGCCAACACCAGCAAGGAACCAAUCGUUGUCACCUGCACUAAUGUUCCCCCUCGGCCUCCUACCAAGGUGGUGGCGCCUCCAGGCUCCUUCAAACUCCUCCAACCUCACCCCCCCACAACGCCGAUGAGCCUCAUCUCCCUCAAACCCUCCGCAGGCCGAGGGGCCGAGCUCGGUGUGAAGACGGUGUCCGUAUCUGCAGUUCCGGGGGGUCCUGGUGGGACAUUAGUCCAACAGAAAGCUGCUUUACCUCAGACCACCACCACCACCACCACGAUCAUCCAGACCUUGGCAGGGGCUGCCCACGGACCCCCACCCCCUCCUCCGGCACCGCCAGGGUCAGAGGUCACACCUGUACCCCCGCCAUACCUCCCCGCUAACAGGAUCAGCCCCAAGCCGGAGACGGACUGCGACCUGGUGGACCUGGACAUCAUCUGUGUGGACGAUGAGACGGAGCUCGUUGCCACAGAGACGGCGGGCAGGGUGGAGCCAGAGGAGUCGGCGAGCAGCGAGACGGACUGCGAAGGAGAGAAGAAGUCGAUUACGAGCAUCCAUCGUCCCAACCACAACGCGCUGGAGAAGCAGCGUCGAGCGAAGAUGCUGCGGCAGUUUGAAGGUCUGAGGAGAGAAGUGGGGCUGAGUGAGGAGAAGACUUCGAAGAUCUUCAUGCUGAAGAAGGCGGUGCAGGUGAUCGAGGAGCUGAGGAAGACUGAGACAGAUCUGAAGAAGAAGAAGAGGAGGCUGAUGAAGAAGAGGGCUAAGUACCUGAGGACCAUCGCUCCAACAGCAGAGGACAGCGGACAGGUGAGCAGCGGACAGGUGAGCAGCGGACAGGCGAGCAGCGGACAGGCGAGCAGCGGACAGGCGAGCAGCAGACGUCAGAGGUCACCUGAGCCUGACUCCAGGCUGUCAGGGACGGGAAGCAGACCCGGCGCUUUGAUGGAGGUGAAGGAUCUGUUGGACGAGACGGACGAGCAGACGGACAACUCGUCCGACGAGGAGAGAGUCGUCGCCAAGACGACCGACGUCAUCACCGUCACUGAUACGGAGGAUGAGGAGGAUGAGACGGUGGAGGAGGACAGUCGGCUGACGGCGGCUCGGAGGAGGCUGGCGAGCGUCUUGAAGAACGUGGACUCAGACAGAAGCAGUCUGAGUGUGACGAAGCUGCUCGGUGCUCAGAGCGUCACAGCGGCCUUCAGAGCCCACAAUUCAGUCAGGAACGCCAAAAACUGUCCGGAGAGUCUUUUGCUGAAGCAGGUCCAUCAGGAGAUCCAGACUCUGAAGAGGGAGACGGAGAGACUGCAGAGUCUGAAGACCAGUCUGAACCAGCAGAGAGACGUCUUCGUCAGAGAGAUCGCCCACAGAUCAGGUAAAAGUGAGCAGAGCGUCCUGAGGAACCUGCAGCACCUGUUGACCACAGACAGGAAGAAUGAUGACCUGCCAGCAGCAGCGGGGGGCGGGGCCUCUCAGGACAUCCUGAUCACAUCCUCCAACCCACAGCAGCAGACUCAACAAGCUCCUCCCACUCCUGUUUCUGCCCCACCCGCAGCCACGCCUGUCCAGACACCUGUCCAGCAGCCCCCGCUGGUCCUGCAGGUGGCGACCCCCACCCUGGCGCCUCCUGGUCUAUCCCACAAUGCAACGGUGUUGCGGGACAGGCCGAGGACGGUCCCCAACAUCCUGUCUCGCAGUAGAAAUCCAGGUCCGCCGUCGUCCCUCAGCACAAAGACCGUGGAGGACUCACCGUCCUUCCAGACUCUGGUACCCGGUGAGGUUCUAUCCCUGAUCAAUACUGCGUUGCCUGGGAAACCAGUCUUGACUCUGAGCCCAUUAAUGUCAAGGCCGACGAUACUGCAGACGUCUCCCACGCCAGGCGUGGCCUCAGUCACCCUCAACAUCCCCAGUCUGACCAAUCAGCAGAUCCAUCUCACCUCACUGCCCCACCACCCAACCGCAGCAAACUUCAGCAGCGUGCUUCGGCUGGUUCAACCCCCACCCCCACCACAGCACCACCCCCAGCAGCAGCAGGUCCCAGCAGGUCAGCCCGCCACUCUUUCUCCUCCCUCUGUGGUCUCUGCUGGAUCAGACCUCUCCUCAGACCAAAUCAAAGACCAGGGCCAGCCUCCAUCCCAGACUGAGACCGCACCCGAGUCCUCCUCGUCAUCGCCUCCGUCCGCUCCGUGCCCAGGUCCGAGCACCGGUUCUCAGUCUCAGGUCACAGUGGGGAGGUCUCUGGGGCCAGAGCAGCAGCAGGAAACAAGGGAGGACCCAGUCGGCGGGAAUUUGACCUCCCUCCUGAACGAGAUUGUCUUCCUCAACCAGCAGGCGAUGACAUCAGAGGUCCCGUUAGCGGGGAAACCUUCCUCUGAGGCAGGGCAGUGUGUGGAUGGACACGCCCACAGCCCCUGGCUCCUGCAGCUGGACUCGGACUCUGAUGACACCGUUACCACGGAGAUGGAGACCACACAGAGCGGACUGGAGCCUGGACCUGCUAAUGGUAACUCUGUGGGCAGCGUCCUGGUUCCGCCCCCUCUGUUGCAGAUGAAGGUGGGCGGGGCCAAGAUGGUGGACCCCGCCAGCAGUGAUGGAGCAGCAGGAGGGGAAGGAGGAAGUGGGCAGAGGAGGGAGGGCAGUGUUGCAUGGAGGCCGAUGCCGAGGCUGGUUCCUCUGGGCCUGAAAGGAAACCCGCCCAGCUGAUGUCACAGCCUGACUGAUGAUGUCACAGCAUCGUUUCACCGGGAGGCUGAAUUACCAAUCAGACAGUGCGUCUGAAACAGAUACACAUAAGACAUCUACAGGCCAAUCAGAGGCCCUGUUGUUUCCAUGGCGAUCAGAGAUGUUCAGCACAUCAUUUGUUAGAGUUUUAUUUAUUUUCUUCAACCCUUCAGCUCCGUCCUGUUGGCUAUCAACGGAAGGCAGCAACAAGUAACCAUGGCGAACUGUUGCCAUGGAGUCUCAUCGGAAGACUGUUGCUAGGAGAAACGUGGUUACAGGAAUCAGACAACUGUGUGUGUGUUUGUUUCUGUGCAUCUUUCUUUCUGUUUGCCUUCAGAUGUUUUGUAUUUUUGUGUAUUUUUGUGUAUCUUUGCUGCCUUUAAACUUCAGUUUUUAGUCGUUUAUUUUGCUUUUGGUGGGAUUUUCUGUAUGACGGCGUUUCAGGAGUUCUGAUUUCAAGAAUAAAGAGGAAAUAUUGGAGAAAAGUCAGAGUGUUGAGUGUAUAAUAGAGAUCAGUCUGAUCUUGUUGCCAUGGCAGCAGCAGAGAUGCCAUCGUCUGAUGUCAUCAUCGAAACAUCGUCUGAGGUCGGACGAUGGGAAGGUACAGUUGGUGUAAAGAGUCCUGACAUUGCGAGAAAUGUUUCAAUAUUGUAACCAAAUUCUGAUGGUUUUCCUUUAAAUGUUUCGAGUUUAAGGUGGAAGUUCUGUUUCCUGACAGGCUGCCUUCAUACUCAGCUGUAGUUCUGUGAGGACGUCUCUCAUUUUAAGGAUUUUCAUUAAAAUCAUCUCGACGUGGAAAAACCUAGGUCAGGUCAUAUUUUACUUUACUUCAAGAUGAAAUGUUGGACAGACAAAAGUUCAGUGGAAGGUGUUGUGCUCAUAAUUAAUGAAUCAAAAAGUUUUAGUUUCAUUUACAUUUUUGGGGAGUAAGAAGAUUCUAAGUUCAGUUCAUCAUAUUUUAACAAUACAAACAGUCAGACGGCAGCUUGCGUCUCACCUGGACUCACCUGUGACCGUAGGACAGGUAAAGGUGUGCUGUGCGGUGACUGUUAUCAGAUUAAGCUGCUUCUUUCUUUGUUGGAUUAACCAGUUUGAUGUUUGUACAGUGUACAGUCGUUCUUGUUUUUCUAAAUUUGUAUUUUUGUAUGCCUUAAAGAGCCUCUGAUGUAAAUAUAUGUUGUCUGAAGAAGCCUCACGAUAUAACACUCCAAUAUUAAUAAAGUUUUAAAACAGA